AUGACGAAAUCCAUCGACCUUGGGGAUGGAAUAUCAAUAAAGGAAACUACCAAUGAAGAACAGCCACAACCACUGGAAAAACUAAAUGAUAUAGAAAUCAUGCAGGAAGAAGAGGAAUCUUAUUCCAUAAAUGAUGGUACGAAAAUCAUUAGUAAUGCUGUUGAUACCUCUAGCGUAAACUCAGGCACAACUACACAUCCACAACCACAAGCUCAGCAACCACCACAACAAAAGAAAAUCACUGAAAUCACAAGCAAGACAAAAAUGAUCCUUCGCAAAUACGCAUCGUUUAUCGGGCCUGGUUUGGUCGUUUCGGUCAGUUUCAUCGACCCCGGUAAUUAUCAAACAUGUGUUACUGGUGGAAGCUCAAAUCGAUUUUCAUUACUAUUCAUUGUGUUUCUUUCCAAUUGUAUCGCCAUAUUUUUACAAAGUUUAUGUAUCAAGUUGGGUAGUGUAACGGGGUAUGACUUAGCCCGAUGUAGUCGAGAAUUUCUCCCCAAAAAGUUAAACAUCUUGUUAUGGAUCCUUGCUGAAGCUGCUAUUAUAGCUACUGAUAUUGCUGAGGUUAUAGGUAGUGCAAUUGCACUAAAUAUCUUGUUACGGAUACCUUUACCUGCUGGUGUUGUAAUUACAAUUGUUGAUGUUUUGUUUGUCCUUAUGGCGUAUCGUGCUGAUACAUCUUCAAUGAAGUUUGUCAAGAUCUUUGAAUAUUCAGUGGGUGCGUUGGUGGGUGUGGUUGUCAUUUGUUUUUGUAUACAAUUAUCCAAGAUCCAUGCUGAUGCUAGAGAUAUUUUUAGAGGGUAUGUGCCCAGUAAACAAAUGUUUGAUGGCAGUGGUCUAACUAUUGCCACGUCAAUUGUUGGUGCUACAGUAAUGAUUCAUUCAUUGUUCUUGGGUUCCGGUUUAGUUCAACCACGUUUACGAGAUUAUGACGUCAAGAAUGGAUAUGUCAAUUUGAACAAAAUUGUCAAUGACAACAGUUACAAUGGCAGUGGCUCGAAUGCUUACUCGGAUGAAGAAAAGAAGAAAUUAAAGCAAAAGCAAUAUGAAAAAGAAGCUGAUUUCUUUUAUCAUGAAUAUAAACCAUCCUACAAAGCAAUCAACUACUCAUUAAAAUAUUCAAUCGUUGAACUCGCAAUCAGUUUAUGUACAUUAGCCCUUUUUGUCAACUCGGCAAUCUUGAUUGUUGCUGGUGCAACAAUGUAUGGAACCCCAGAAGCAAUGGAUGCGGAUUUAUACACUAUUCAUGAUUUACUUUCGCGUUCCAUCGCACCAGCAAUGGGAACCAUCUUUAUGAUUGCGUUAUUGUUCAGUGGUCAAAGUGCCGGUAUCGUUUGUACAAUUGCUGGUCAAGUUGUUUCUGAAGGGCAUAUUAAUUGGACUUUAAAGCCGUGGCUAAGAAGAUUAAUCACUCGAAGUAUAUCCAUAGUACCCUGUUUGAUCGUGAGUGCAUGUUUAGGAAGAGACGGGAUGGCAAUUGCAUUAAACAUCUCACAAGUUAUAAUAUCAAUCUUGUUGCCACCAUUAACAGCACCAUUAAUUUAUUUCACAUGUUCCAAAAAAUUCAUGAAGGUAAAAUUGGGUCAAGAUGAUGAAGUAAAUGGCAAAAAAGUUGAUCAUGUGGAUGAAAAUGGUGAUCGGUUCAAGUAUAUGACGAAUAAUUGGGUGACUACAGUAUGUGCUGUUGUGGUUUGGGUCUUGGUUUCAAUGUUGAAUAUUUAUGCUAUUUAUGAUAUGGCAAAGAAUGGUGUAUCUGGAUGA